AGACUUCACGCACAUCAAAAUUCCUUUCAUUUAGUUUUUAUCUUUCGAUUGGUAAAAGACUUUUUAUUUUAUCGUUUAAAAUGAAGGGAUUAUUAUUGACUCUUGUUGUUCUCUUGGCUGGUUUGAUUGCUCUUAGUGCAGCCAAACCUCAAACUCAAUCUUCUGAGCCAAAAAUAAAUUAUCUUAAAUACAAGAAUGAAGCAGAAGCAGACAACAUUAUUCAAAGCAUUAUUGCACAAUACGAGCAAUUAGGUGGAACUUCUGAAUUCCAUAAUGUACAAGCAGGAAACCAAUACUCAACCAAAAAAUAAGUUAUUGAUUGUUGUAUACCUACUUUUGUUUUGAGUGUUCUAUUUCUAUGUGUUUUGUUUUGUUAAAGAUAAAUGUACCUUUAUUAAUGAUUAAAUUUUAAUCUGCUAGUGUUUGACUAAAAAAUA